AUGAUAAAAGAUCCUCCUCACUCACGGCUCUACUAUGCUGUUCGUGAAAGUUUGGAUCAAAUCAGAUCCCAGAAUUCCUCGAUUCCAAAAGACGAAAAACGUAAUAAAAUAGCCGAUAUAGAUAAGCAGCCGGAAUCCCAGAGCACCAAUGAGUAUUCACCAGAACAAUUGCGACUAUAUCAUGUCAAAAAUGAGCCGGAUUAUACCGAAAGUCCUCUUUUUGCUCGUCUACAAAAACAAGAUGAAACCAUAGAGAGGCUCAAUCGCCAAGUUAGGCAGCUUCGGACCGAAAAUAGGGUUCUUCUCGACCGAAAUGAGGAGUACAUCGCUGAAAUGCACAAAAAAAAUGUUUUAAACGAUCAAAAACUCGAAGAAAUAGAACAAGUGUACAGCAAACGACUCGAAAAUGUCCAAAAUAACUACGAAGAAGAGUGCCAGCAAACAGAACGGUAUCGCCGUACCACAGAACAGCAAGAACGUGAGCUCAGAGAGCUUCAAUUUCAUGUGAAUGAUCUACAAAGAGAAUUAGCACAAGCCAAAGCUAUGAUUGCAACGUUACAGUCUGUAUCUGAGCCCGCAUUGCAGCCUGGACCGGCGCGGGAAGCGGUGCGGGAACAUGCACAGCGGCUGCACGGUGACAGAGUGUUCGCUUAUGCGGACGAAUCUGGACACAAGGUAAUGGAUGCGGAUCUGGAGUCGGAUACUGACGCGAAAGUUGAGCCGAGAAUUGAACAGGAAGAUGACACUAUGGCUUUACUUCGAGGAAUUGAGCCAGAAGCCAACAAUGAUGAUGAGAUUUCAUCGACCACGGAAGCUCUAUUAAGAGCUUCGUAG